AUGACCUCCGAUAAACAAAACAAUGGCCAUCUUGCCAAACCGUUCACGCCCACGCUCAGUGCGGCCUUCCACCGCUCGAAUAAGACGCCUUUAACACCGAAGCUCGCCAGCCCCAGUCCGCAUCUUUCAUCCGCACGCCGCGCUCCCCAGAAUGACCCGCCAACCCUCUAUUCCACCCCCUGUAAAGAUGAGCCCCUCGCCGCCACACCCACCUUCCUCAGUGCCAACGUCACCCCUCGGUCUGGUCCUCGUAACACCAGACGGGACCUUGCGUCCUCGUCGCCGACGAAUACGCCUCCUGCAGCGCCCUCCCAGGCCGCCUAUCCCCAGCCUACCAUCGGGCUUGGCCUCAGUGCCCCUCGUCGAACCGAACGCAGUCCCGCUCGCUCAGUGAAAGCAGACCGACCAAGGAGUUUACGAGCAAAGACAUUGACGGUGGAUGCAGCGCGACCAAACUCGUUCAAUGAUCUGGCGGCAAACUCUCCGAGAUUCUUUCAUGCCUCUGAUACUCGUUUCGUCUAUGCGAACGGCGAUGAAGAACAGCAAUCCUCUGCCAAUGAAUCCAGCGUCCUCGGAACUUCAAAGCGUCGUUCAGGCGGCCUUUCUCGUCCGUCACCCGCACCGCGACCCAGCCCUUCCCCCUCGCCUCGCUUGAAAUCGCCCAGGGUUUCCGACGCCGCGACUUCUUCCAUCGACGAUGCCCAAUUUCAAUUCAGCCCGAAUCCAGAACAGUACCUCGACAAUGCUUUACAACGCUUGGGGGCGCCUCCGAAUGUCAUUUCCGAACGGCCGCAGGCCCCUUAUCUCGCAAAACAUCGAAAAUCAUCCAGCGUCGACUCAAACAACCAGAACAAUAAUUCAAACGAGGGCCUGCGAGCCAGCCCAGUAAUUAUUCCCCCUAGCACCUUCCCCGAGACAUCAGCGCCUGUCAUGGGUGACCAGAUCCCCAACCUUCGCCCGCGGGUAUUCAGCAAUGGUUCUUCGGUCUCCGCAGAUCCGUAUAACGGCAUGCCCCUUAGCCCAGGAAAGUCAGAAGGCGGGGAUGUCGCAUUGAAUAAUGCGCGCACGGAGCGCAAAAUCUUAGAUCUUGAGAUCAGUAACUCCUCGUUGCUGGCCAUCAAUCGGACGUUGGAACGAGAAAUGCGCAAGCAAACUGCGGAGCUGCGCCGAUUCAAGCGUCUGAGUCGCUCAGGUCGUCUGUCGAUGGCGCCUUCGGCUCGAUCAUUCUCCGGCGCCGCUUUGUCGACCACGAGUGAAAUGGAUGAAGGCACCAGUGAGUUGUCGUCGAUGCAGGAUGACUUUUCUGAUUUCAGUGACGAGGACUCUGCGGGCGAAGACGGGGUCCGGAGUCCGGAUUCCCAGGCUGAGCACGACGCUAAGCAUCGGGCUCUUGACGAAAAACGAUUUAUGCUUGACCUCUCCCGCCACCAGGAGCUCCUGGUUGAUAGCCAAAAGAUGAACCAAAGUCUCAAGCGAUGCCUAGGGUGGACUGAAGAGCUCAUCAGAGAAGGGCAACGGGCGCUGGAGUAUAACGUCCAUGUGCAAGAUGUCGAGCUCGGUGGCCGCGUGCUCUCCCCCGAAGAAGUGGGUGAAAUCGGGGAAAGUGGCCGCGCACUACUGAGUCCCUCCACCGAGUUCGACAACAUAUUCUUCUCAUCAUCGGGUUGGCCUGUCGACGAUCCCCUCGACCCAUCCACGUUCCCUCUACCUUCCUCCCCCGGUGGGACGGACUAA